AAAAAAUUCAAGUAUGUCAUACAUUCAUGGAGCGUCGAAGAAUAGAUUGGUUCCCUUUUCUCAUUGGAAUCUUGUGAUAAAUCGUAGGUGUAAGUUGCGCCUAUAUUAUUUAUUCAGGUCAUUCCAAAAUCAAUUCUUAUGGGUGCUGUGGUUUCUUCUACUCUUUAUAUUAUCCGCCGAGUAGCACUGUGUGAGAGAGUCGACUCUCCAGGCCGAGGCAGAGGAGUGAUGCUCGCCAAUUCCCAACCUCAGUCACCAACGACCGUUUGUCCACACUGCUGUCUCUUGAGUCCAAAAGAAAUAUUGAACUUUCAAUAACCACGGAAUGCACAAAUAAGUAGCAAUGUCCUCCAAGCGUCAGAAAACCAGCUCACAGUCGAGCUCGACUGCCUGGUUUUCAGGCCAUGGGUCCAAGUUCGCCCCCAGAGGCAACACCCAUACCUCAGAAACCGCUUCAUCUCCUGGGUUUCAAACCCCAAUAGGUCGAAGGACCAUUGCUAGGAGCCAAUCCGCAAAUGCUCGAUUUUCCAGGCAAGGCUCCGUGCUGCGAACUUCCCUUUCCCCCUCGUCACCCACUUUGCCACAAAAACGGACCUCCUUCGGAUUGCCGCGGUCUCAUGCAAACAGCGGCGGCUCCUCAUCCCUCUCACGCAUCAGUAAUCAUAUUGCUGAAAUCGAGAGCGAGGCAGAAGUCCAGGAUCGCGAGGAUUCCGAUGCGUUGAACGAGAUCAUAAUGGCAAUCGACAUGAGAGAUCGGGGUACGCUGGGGUGCGCAUAUUACAUUGCAAGAGAGGAAAAGUUGUUCCUUAUGGAGGAUAUAAAACUGUCUGGCCUGGAUAUUGUUGAUACUCUGAAGCUACAUGCUUCGCCAACUGUUGUUCUCAUCAGUACCAAGUCGGACGACGCACUUGAAGACCAUCUCAUGAAAGAGGCCAAGGAUGCAAGCCGCGGUGAUACUCCUGAUGCACUUUUUGGUGCAUAUGUUCUCGAUUCAAGACCGUCAGCUGAGUUUCAGUAUGAACCUGCGAAGAGCAAACUGGUGAACUACGACCUCAGCGGUAGCAAUGAUCCACGCAUGCAGUUCUCCACACCCGGUGAUGAGCUUAUGGGAAACAUGGGAUAUAUGCAAGACCCUGAAGAAUAUGAAGCUGCAGGUCAUCAAGGACGACUUCUCAGACUUGCCGGGUGCAUUGAUCUUGAGAGCCGUGUUUCGAUUGGGUGUGCGGGUGCAGUCCUGAGCUAUCUUGCCAGACGCAGAACGACUGAAUAUUUGCCAUGGGAUCAAGAAGCCCUCGUAGCAUUUAAUGUCAACACGAUCGAGAUGUUUAGCCUGGCAGACUUGAUGUUUAUCAAUACCGACACGCUUAACUCGCUACAGAUUCUCCAGUCUGAAUUUCACCCAAACACACAUAUGCAGGGGCCUACCAAAUCCAACUCAGGGGUCAAAGAAAGCUUAUCUGUGUAUGGUCUCUUCCGCCAACUGGCUCACACCCCCCAAGGCAAACACAAGCUCCGACAAGCUUUCCUCAGACCAAGCUUAGAUUUGGAUUUGAUACAGGAACGCCACAAUACUAUUGCUAUCCUUCUCAGACCUGGCAAUGCGGAGGCUUUAAAUGUCAUUAUCCAGAGCCUCAAACGAAUCAAGAAUAUUCGUACCGUGCUGAUUCAUCUCACGAAAGGGGUCAGUGCACCAGCCAGCAAAGGCGGAGCAAUAAAGCAGGGCAUAUGGGGAAGCCUGCAGCAAUUCACCUUCCAUUCGUUGAAGGUUGUAGAUGCAAUUCGAAGCAUUGAAGAUGGGGAUAAGCUGGCGAUUGUAGGCAAGGUUCUGAAAGAAUUGCAGCCAGCCGAGCUACAUGUGGUUGGUGAGCUCAUUACCCAAACUGUGGACUUUACAGAAUCCGAUAUACAUCAUCGCACCAUCGUUAUGCAAGGCGUGGAUCCAGACCUUGACAGCCUAAAGAGGACAUACGAUGGUCUCGAAGACUUCUUGAGUCAAGUGGCAGCAAAAUUGGCGGCUGAGUUGCCUGAAUGGGCUACUAAGUAUGUCCAAAACUGCAUAUUCUUUCCCCAACUGGGAUUUCUCACUGUGGUUACUCUCGAUCCUGAGACUGGAAAGGGUAACUACGAAGGCCAGGGGCUGGAUGACGACGUCUGGAAUCUAUCAUUCUGCACUGAGGAUAUGGGAUACUACAAGAACCGCCAAAUGAAAGAGCUAGACAAUCAUUUUGGUGACAUGUAUGGCAUGAUUUGUGACAGGGAGAUUGAGAUUAUUCAUGAACUUGCAGUAGGAGUACUUAAACAUGAGAAGGUUCUCAAAGACACAUCGGACAUCAUAGGAGAUCUCGACUGUCUCGUUGCCCUCGCACAAGGAGCCCGAAAGCACAACCUUCUGCCCCCACAGAUGACAAACGACAAUGUAAUAGAUAUUACUGGUGGCCGGCAUCUUUUGCAAGAGCUGACAGUACCCUCGUAUGUUGCCAAUGAUGUUUUUAUCCAGGGAGGCAGUGGCAAAGAAGAUGACGAGGAAGUGAUAACUGCAAAUGAUGACCAGCCAAAGGGCCCGAGCCUCUUAUUGAUGACCGGGCCAAACUACUCCGGCAAAAGCGUAUAUCUCAAGCAAAUCGCGCUCAUCGUUUAUAUGGCGCAUAUUGGAAGCUUCGUCCCAGCAGACAGCGCCACCAUUGGCUUGACUGACAAAAUAUUAACCCGAAUUGCCACGCGCGAAAGCAUUUCCCGCGCCCAGAGCGCUUUUAUGAUCGACCUGCAGCAGAUUGCACUGGCUACCACAUUGGCCACAUACCGCAGUCUCAUUGUUAUCGACGAGUUUGGGAAAGGAACGAACUCUUCCGACGGAGCGGGCCUAGCCUGUGGUGUCUUCGAAUACUUCCUCAGUCUAGGGGCUAACCGACCCAAAGUCAUCGGUGCCACACACUUCCACGAGAUAUUCGCAAGUGGUGCACUACAGGAUCGCCCAGAGCUGGAGUUUGGACACAUGGAAGUGCGUGUCGACGCAGAUAGCGAGAGCGUUGAGGACCAGGUCACGUAUUUGUACAACUACAAAUCCGGCAAGAGCAUGUCAAGCUUUGGGACUUGCUGCGCUGCGAUGAAUGGGGUCGAUCCUGCGAUUGUUGAGAGGGCGGAAGAACUUAUUAUUCUCUCGAGCAAGGGGGAAGAUCUGGUAGCUGCGUGUGCAAAGAUUUCACAGGAAGAGGCGGCGAGUUUGGAGGAGGCGGAGCAGAUGGCGAGGAGAUUUUUGGCGCAAGAUAUGCAUUAUCAGAACGGGAAAGGGGGCAUGAUGGCUUCUGGUGUUAAGGAAGUGCUUCAUGGCAUAUUGGCGAGAGCUUGAAUUCAAGUUCCGUAUUAUUGAUAAUCUGCACAUCUCUUUGCUAUAUCGCUAACACACGAACUAUUUUUCAACCUGCUCGGGCUAGCUAGCUGUCACAAUUAAGAAGUUUUAUGACGCAUUUGCUUUCUCAAACGCUGUACCUUAUUCACCAAAUGCAAUGGUAAUUAGCAUUAAUUGGAACAGUUGGCAAAUAUUAAUCCCAG